AUGUCGCUGGCACUCACCCCCGACCAUUCCUACGCGUACAACAUGACCGUCGACAAGAUCACGCCCAACGACCCCCGCAUCGAGCGGAAGCAGGCCGAUGUCCGGGGCAAGACCUACUCCUACCUCCACGGCAAGCCGGAGGGCGGCGCCGCGCCCAAGGGCACCGUCGUCCUCAUCCACGGCUUCCCGGACAUCUCGCUCGGCUGGCGCUACCAGAUCCCCAUGUUCCUCUCCCUCGGCUACCAGGUCGUCGUCCCGGACUGCCUCGGCUACGGCCAGACCUCGUCCCCCGAGGCCCUCGAGGAGUUCACCCUCAAGAGCAUGGCCGACGACGUCAAGGCGCUGAGCGAGCACGUCGCGCCCGGCGAGCGGAUCGUCCUCGGCGGCCACGACUGGGGGGGCGCCCUCGUCUGGCGCGUCGCCCUCUGGCACCCGUCCCUCCUCCGGGGCGUCUUCAGCGUCUGCACGCCCUACAACGCGCCCACGACGCACUGGUUCGACCUCGCCGACCUCAUCGCCGCCGGCAAGUUCCACAACUUCAAGUACCAGCUCCAGCUGCGCGGCCCGGACGUCGCGGACCGCCUCACCGCGCCCGCCGACAUCCGCCAGUUCCUGCAGGGCAUCUACGGCGGCAAGGGCCCCGACGGCGAGCUCGUCUUCACCACGCAGGAGGGCGUCGUCUUCGAGAACAUCGGCAAGAUCGGCCCCACGCCGCUGCUCAGCGAGGAGGAGAUCGCGUACUACGCCGACAACUUCGCCAGGAGCGGCCUGCGCGGGCCGACCAACUGGUACCGCACGCGCAAGCUCAACUACGAGGAGGAGCUCCCGCUGGCGGAGAAGGCGGAGAAGGAGGGCGGCGCGCCCGUCAAGGUGGCGCCGCCGAGCCUGUUCAUCCUGGCGAACCGGGACGCGGCGCUGCCGGCGUCGAUGGCGGCGGGGAUGGAGCAGCACUUCGAGGACCUGACGCGCGGGGAGGUCACGGCGACGCACUGGGCGCUGUGGGAGGCGCCGGAGGAGGUGAACAAGCAGAUCAAGGCGUGGUUGGAUAGCAAGGUCAACAAGCCGACGGCGAAUUUGUGA